AUGGCAACGUCUCCUGGGAGACUCCCGUGCUCGCAAGACCCGUUUGCUGGACAUGCAAGAACAGUUCAGACAGAUCGAGGAAUUAUAUUUGACAUUCGCAAAGAAGGCAUCAGCUUCAAUUCCUGGUUCGAGAAUGCCGAAGAAGAUCUCACAGAUCCUGUCAGGUGCAACUCGAUUGAGGAAAUCCGUGCCCUGAGGGAGGCUCAUGCACAGUUCCAGGCUUCUUUGUCGUCUGCACAGGCUGAUUUUGAAGCCCUGGCUGCCCUCGAUCGCCAAAUCAAGACGUUCAAUGUUGGCCCGAAUCCUUACACCUGGUUCACCAUGGAGGCCCUCGAAGACACCUGGAGGAACUUGCAGAAGAUAAUUGCUGAACGUGAUACUGAACUUGCUAAAGAAGCUCAACGACAAGACGAAAAUGAUAAAUUGAGGAAAGAGUUUGCAAGGCACGCCAAUGCUUUCCAUCAAUGGUUGACCGAGACUAGGUACAGAAUAUUAGGCUGGGACGGGUAA